CCCUCCCGACCAAUAGGAGCCGCGGGGAGGUGGUGGCGCGGUGGAGCCGGUUCGGUUCGGUGAGGCCCAUGCGCGCCGCGCUGCGGGUUGCGGGGGCACUGCUCGGUACCGAGCGGCGGAACGCGGCCUGUAGAGCCAUGGCCGGGCACAGCUCCGCCUCUACCGCCGGGAUCAUCGUUAUCGGGGAUGAGAUCCUCAAGGGCCACACUCAGGACACCAACUCCUUCUUCAUGUGCCGCCGGCUGCGUGCCCUGGGUGUCCAUGUUGCCCGUGUCUCCGUGGUGCCCGACGAGGUGGACGCCAUCGCUGCUGAAGUGGCCGCCUUCUCCUCCCGCUUCACCUUCGUGCUGACCUCGGGGGGUAUCGGCCCCACGCACGACGACGUCACCUUCGAGGCCGUGGCCAAAGCUUUUGGGGAGAAGGUGACCCCACACCCAGAGCUGGUGGCCUUAGUGCAUAAGUUCUUUGGUAAGACGGACAUUCAGUGCCCUGAGAUGAAGCUGGCUCGCAUCCCUGAGUCCUCACGCCUCAAUUAUGGCACGGAUAGACUCACAGGCAGUGCCUUCAAGUACCCUUUGGUCAGUGUCCGCAAUGUCUACAUCUUCCCUGGCAUCCCAGCACUGAUGGAGCGCGCCCUGGAUGGCCUCAGCCAUCUCUUCCGCAGUGAGCAGACCUGCUUCCACUCCCGUGCCAUCUACGUGGCAGCUGAUGAGGUGCAGAUUGCUCCUGUGUUGGAUCAAGCCAAUGUCGGCUUUCGAGGCCGUGUGAGUUUGGGCUCCUACCCGGACUGGGCCAAUAAUUAUUACCGGGUGAAGCUGACGCUGGACUCGGAGUCGGAGCAGCACCUGGAGGAGGCACAUUGCUUCCUGAUGGAGAAGCUGCCACCGGGUGUGGUGGUGCCAUUGGUGACUGACUGCGUCUCGAGGGCGGCCACUGAGGUUUAUGCCCUGGCUGAGUCAGGCUCAGCCCUGGGACAGAAGGUGGCAGCAGCACUGCGGACCAUUGAGGAGGCUUUGGACCGGUACAACCUGACCCAGAUCUGCGUGGGUUUCAACGGGGGCAAGGACUGCACAGCCCUGCUGCACCUCGUCCAUGCUGCUGUGGAGAGGCGGUACCCGGAGAGGCAGGAGAAGCUGAAGGUGCUCUACAUCCGCAUCGUGUCCCCCUUCCCUGAAAUGGAGCAGUUCAUCCAGGCUACAGUGAAGAGGUACAACAUCCAGCUGUGCACGGUGGAGGGCUCCAUCCGGGAGGCCCUGCUCACCCUGAAGGAGCAGCAGCCACAGCUGGAGGCCGUUCUGAUGGGCACACGGCGCACAGACCCCUACUCGUGCACCCUGACCCCCAUGUGUAUGACAGACCCUGACUGGCCCCAGUACAUGAGGGUGAACCCGUUGCUGGACUGGACAUACAGAGACAUCUGGGAGUUCCUGCGUAAGCUCUAUGUCCCCUACUGCAUCCUCUACGACAAGGGCUACACCUCCCUGGGGAGCAUGGCCAACACAAUGAAGAACCCAGCGCUGCUCUACACUGACUCCCAAGGCCGGGAGAGCUACAGACCCGCUUACGAGCUGGAAAACGAGGAGGAUGAACGCACGUCUCGUCGAUGAGAGCUGCAACGAGACCAACAUCCAUCCCUGCUGUUAUUGCUACAGGGGACAGAGCUGAAUAAACCUGCUGUGCUCAUCACCUCGCCCCGCUCCCUUCGUGCUCUGCGGGGCAUUGGCAGGAGGAACGAGUGAGGCUGUGCCCAAACAAGUGCCCCCCAUACAGUGCCCCCCACCCCCCCUCCCCACAUGAGCCUCAUUGUGGCGGCUUUUGAAUGGAGAAUGGAGCAGUUUCCAGCGCUUACCCGGUGCUCCCUGUUUAAAUCCCGUUGUCAUGCAUCUCCUAAGCACCGUGGCCUCCCGGUUACCGAGCACCGUGAAUCAGAUGGAGCAGGUUAUGGCACUACCGGCACCCGGUGAUGCGUCCUUAGGGCUGCGCCUCGGCCGCUGGGUGCUGCGGGUGCUCCGGGAAUGCGUUUAUCUCCUGUUGUGCAGCUGGUGCAUCCGGGAGCUGCUGGAAUAGGGCACGGCCCCCAUCCACAUCUAAUGUGGGACCCCCGGGGACUCAGUUGCCCCAUGAUGGCUUUGCACUGCCCGGCCUGGACCUGAUGGAGCCCCCCCAGCACCAGGACCCGGCCCACCCUGAGCCCCCCCAGCACCACGACCCCAAUAAACCUGAGCGGUGUGUGAGCA